AUGUUCAUACCAUACAAAAAGAAUAAAGGUUAUAAAAUCCCUGUAAUAUUUGAAUUCGGGCAAUAAAAUACAAGAGUUGGAUAUGCAGGAACUGAUGGACCAGAAGUAGUUUUACCAUCUGAUUUAUUAAUGGAUAGUGAGGGAAAUAUGAAAUUUAUUGAGUAAAAUAGCACAUAUCAACCUAUUGGAUUUGAUGUUAAGAAUAUCCUGUAAGGAGGGUAGAUAGUUGAUUUCGAUAUAUGGAAAGAAUAUGUAGAACACAUCCUAAAUAAUGUUUUAUUUUAAGAAAGACAUUUCCCAUUUUUCUUUGUUGAAAAUGGAAAUGUUAAAAAAGAAACCAGAAAUAAAAUCAUCGAAAUGCUCUUUGAAGAAAUCGAUGUUUCUUCUGUAUUUUUCCACAAAAACACGAUGUUGGCAUAAUAUAUAGUAGGAAAAGACAAUGUAUUAGUAGUUGAUUGUGGAGCAUCUCACACAACAAUUACACCUAUAUUGGAUGGAAAUGUCAUAGAAAAGGGUGUUUUUAGAGGAGAUAUAGGAGGUGAGUAUAUAACAAAUAAAUUAUACGAUAUUUGGAAAUAGUAAGGAUUAGCAUUUUCUAGAUUUAAAAACUAUAGUCAACUCUCACCCUCUCUUUAAAUGUAUGGAGAUUUGGAGAUAGUUAGAGAAAUCAAGCAUUAGUGUGUUAAACUAUAUGAUUAACCUAUAGAGAACUUAAAAUUUAAUCCAACUGUCGAUAAUUAAGCAUAUGAAUUGCCAGACCAAAAUAAAUUGUUGAUAUCUGAAGAGAUGUACAAGUAUCCAGAAUUUCUAUAUGAACCAACUGAAUUUUUUGAAGGGAUGGAUAAAGCCUUGGAAACAAGUUUAGAGAAAAUUGAUUCCGAUUAUAGAAAAGAACUAGUUCAAAAUGUUGUUUUGAUUGGAGGAGCUAGUUGCACAGUUAACAUGGUAGAAAGAUUUUAAAGAACUAUCAAUAAUCUCAAAAUCUUUGGGUUAUCUUCAAGAAGCAAAGUGCAAACUCUCCCUAAAUAUUUUGAUCGUUAACAUGCUUCCUGGAUAGGUGCUUCAAUCGUUGCAAGUUCUUAAAUUUAUGAUCAAUGGACUUUAAAUAAAUCAGACUAUGAUGAACACGGAUCCUCUCUAAUAGAAAAAAAGAUGUUUUAUUGAUAAUAAAUUAUCAUUAUUUAUUGAUAUUAUUUUAAGUUUAAA